AUGCAGGGCCUCACUUCUCUGUUCCUCUUGGGCACUUUUGCCUUUCAAACCAUCCUUGGCUACCCCGGUUCAUCUCGUGUACGCCGAGAGGGUGUAAUCCUCAAGCGAGCCGUGGACAACUUCGUAGCCACCGAAGAACCCAUUGCUUUUGAAAAGCUCCUUGCCAACAUCGGAUCAAGCGGGAGUGAAGUUCAAGGCGCCAGCUCAGGUGUUGUCGUAGCCUCCCCAAGCAAGUCGAACCCUGAUUACUUCUAUACCUGGACCCGAGAUGCUGCUCUUGUCUUCAAGGCUAUAACCGAGAGAUUCAUCAAUAAAUAUGACGCGUCUCUACAGACUCAAAUUCAGAACUACAUUGUCGCUCAGGCUAAACUUCAAACCGUAUCCAACCCGUCGGGUUCUCUAUCUGAUGGAAAGGGUCUGGGAGAAGCCAAAUACCAGGUCGAUCUCAGCGCUUUCACUGAUGGCUGGGGACGCCCGCAACGCGAUGGGCCUGCUCUGAGGGCUAUAGCUUUGAUCACUUACUCCAAGUGGCUUAUUGCAAACGGCUACACCUCCACCGUGAACACUGUCGUCUGGCCCGUAAUCCGUAACGAUCUCAACUACGUCGCCCAGUACUGGAACCAGACCGGUUUCGAUCUCUGGGAGGAAGUUAACGGAAGCUCUUUCUUCACCGUUGCUGCUCAGCACCGGUCUCUCGUCGAAGGAAGCGCUCUGGCAAAGACCCUUGGCAUAAACCAUGAUGCCUACGACGCUAUUGCACCUCACAUCCUCUGCUUCCAGCAAACUUUCUGGUCACCCUCGGGCGGCUAUGCCUUGGCCAACAUCAACGUCAACAAUGGCCGAUCUGCCAAGGAUGGCAACUCAAUCCUGGCCUCGAUCCACAACUUCGACCCGGCCCUGGGUUGCGACUCUGCGACUUUCCAACCCUGCAGUGACAGGGCUCUUUCCAGCCACAAGGUUGUUGUCGAUUCGUUCCGCGGUAUCUACUCUAUCAACGCGGGAAUUCCCAGUGGUUCUGCCGUUGCUGUGGGGCGAUACUCCGAGGAUGUCUACUACAACGGUAACCCAUGGUACCUCCUUACUCUCGCAGCCGCAGAGCAGCUCUAUGACGCCCUCUAUGUAUGGCAGACUACUGGAUCCAUCACGGUCACAUCCGUUUCGCUGUCAUUCUUCCAGGACCUCGUCCCGAGUGUCCAGGCUGGGACGUACAAGGCUGGCACCGAAACCUACACCACGAUCUACAACGCUGUAUACCUCUAUGCCGAUGGCUUCGUCAACAUCGUCUCUCAAUACGCCGCGUCGGACGGCUCUUUGGACGAGCAGUACGACCGCAACAGCGGAACACCGCUAUCUGCUCGGGACCUUACCUGGUCGUACGCCGCAUUCUUGACCGCCGCCGCACGACGAUCCGGUCUUGUCCCUCCCAGCUGGGCGGGAGCCGACUCCACCGCCACCUCGGUGCCCGGCGUCUGCAAGGCCACAUCUCAGGCUGGAUCGUACUCUGCCGCGACGGCUCUGUCUUUCCCCGCCAGCCAAACUCCCAUCACCACCGCCGUGCCUACUUCCACCUUCACCCGCCCCACCGUCACCCCCACCACCACGACGGGCAGCUGCACCGUCGCCACCGCCGUCGCCGUCACCUUCAACGAGCUCAAGUCCACGAGCUGGGGACAGACCGUCAAGGUGGUCGGCAACGUCGCCGCCCUCGGAAACUGGGACACCAGCAAGGCGGUGACCCUCAGCGCCUCGCAGUAUUCCUCCAGCAACCCUCUCUGGACAGUCACCGUCACCCUCCCCGCCGGCCAGUCCGUCGAGUACAAGUACAUCGUCGUCAACACCGACAGCUCCAUCACCUGGGAGGCCGACCCCAACCGCGCCUUCACCGUCCCCAGGACCUGCGCUACCACCUCGUCGAGAACCGACACCUGGCGGUGA